ACUUGAAACUUAAUGAUGUUAUUACUUCUAACAACACUUGAUUAUAGGAGAAAUUUCUCCCAGUAACGAACUUCUCUUUCUCCUAGCUUUUGAAGGUUUUUAGCCGAAACAGUUUCUCUGAAACCGAUGUCCCGGCUAAGUUACGCCGGCCAUAAUUAUCCUGUUCCCGCCCUCGAACACUACCAAGUGCUUCUGCAGCGCACCAUGCGAAUCCAAGAUUUGGAAAUCGAGAACAGACAUUUAAGAGAAACACUCAACGACUAUAAUCGGGAAUUCAAAGUCGUUCGCAAUCAAGAAGUGACAAUCAAGCUGCUGCGGGAGAAGGUCAGGGAGUUUGUUGACAAAGAAGAGUCCACUCUACAGGACAAGGCCGAAGAGAAAGUUCCAGAGCUCCUCCAUCUUUUUGAUGAGAAAGAGAGCGUGCAAGCCGAAUCUCGGUUUGUCGUCAAAUCAAACCUCGAGGAGGCCGAGAGCAAAGUUGCCCAACUCCAAAGUGCCUUGGAUAGAUCUCAGUCCCAACUUUUUGAUUUAAAAUCCAAAUAUGAUGAAGAUUCGAACGCCAAGUCGGAUGAAAUGGAAAUUAUCGUAAAUGACUUGGAAAGAGCAAACCAGGUGAGAUAAAAAUACAUUUUGUUUCUCAUUGCCAAUUAAAAAAUUAACUCUUCCCUGAUGUAGAAACUGCAUCGUUCCGAUUUCACAAGUACCGAAAGAGAGUUUUGUGUUUGUAGUUUUCUUUUCUUUUUUUUUUUUUUUUCUUUUCUAUGGCCUUUUUAAAGCUCUUUAUAUUUCUUACAGACAAAGCCCGAAAUCCUGUCGAAUCAAAUAAACAUUUGCCUCUCGAGAUGACCGGCCACUUCGAGCUUUGUCCAGUUGAUCUGGCUUGAAGUGGUCAGUCAUCUCAGGAGGUGAU